CUUCGUCCCGGCCCAGCAACCUGUCCUCUACAAUUCCCCUUGGCAGUGCAGAACUCUUAGUAACAGCAACGACAACAUCAACAUCAACAUCAACAUCAACAUCAACAUCAACAUCAACAUCAUCACCGCCGAUCAACAUGGAUGACAAAGUGAAGCAACACUAUUUGGCUGACUCGCCGCCCUCAGUAGUGCGCUUAGAAAUCAAGACACAUUUCGAUAAUCUAAAGGAUGCAAAGCUGCGUAAAUACGCGCAUUAUAUGAGCCGCGCCGCCUUUGAAGGAACUCGAAUCACCCUUCGCCAGGUUUCCCCAGAGUCAGAACCCAUCUAUGACCUCAUCGUUGAACUUCACCGGGCCUGCAAUGGAGACUGGACCGAUCUCGCUCGGAGAACCGAUGUCAGCGACGAGCAUCUUCGCUACUUCCUAGAAUAUGCUGCCCAGUUCCUCGGCAAUUGUGGCAACUACAAGGGCUUUGGCGACUCGAAGUUUAUCCCCCGCUUGCCUGCUGAGGCCUUCCAAGCUUUAGCUUCUACCUCCCCCCAGACAAAGGACGCCUUCAGUCGGGCCAACAGCACAGGAGGUGGCAUUUAUGAGACAGAUGUACAAUCGCGUAUGCACCUGGGUUACACAGAGGGAAACCAUAUGACUACAUAUUAUCCUGAUUCGCCAUCAAUCACCAAAGAAGAAAUCACAGCCGUCGGUGACUUUUUGGAGCAAAAAGGGCUGCCGUUGGAGAAUACGCGACUGAAGAAAACAGAGACUGGGGAUUUCGAACUUCUAAUCGCUUCCGGUGUUUCGUCACCCCCGGCACGGGACCGAGAUUUGGGCGAUGUCGAUAGCUUCGAUCUCGAUGGCAAGCUGAAGGGCCACAAGCUUCGCCUCGUCUUUGGUGACUAUCGAGAGGAGAUGGCAAAAGUCGCUCACAGUAUCAAGCAGGCUUCGCUGUAUGCUGCCAACGAUAAUCAGAAGCGGAUGUUAGAUGCCUACGCUCUCUCAUUUGGUUCUGGCUCUAUCGAGGCAUUCAAGGAAAGCCAGCGGAUCUGGGUAAAGGAUCAGAAGCCAAUAUUAGAGACCAAUGUGGGUUUCGUCGAAACCUACAGGGAUCCGCAUGGGGUGAGAGGAGAAUGGGAAGGAUUUGUUGCGCUGGUCAAUUUGGAGCGAACCCGCGCUUUCGGCAAGCUGGUUGACAGUGCCGAGACCAUGAUUCCUAAAUUACCGUGGAGUAAAGAGUUUGAGAAGGAUAAGUUUCUCAGCCCCGACUUCACGUCUCUGGAGGUGUUGAGCUUCCAAUGCUCUGGCCUCCCCGCUGGAAUAAACCUCCCCAAUUAUGAUGACAUUCGGCAAACACUUGGGUUCAAGAACGUUUCCCUUGGGAACGUUCUGAGUGCUAAAGCCCCCAACGAGCCCAUCCCAUUCAUCGCCGCUAAAGACCUCAAAGUAUACAGCGAAAACCGUGAUGCUGCGUUUGAGGUUCAGGUUGGCAUUCAUGAGCUGCUUGGUCAUGGAACUGGAAAGCUGCUGCAAGAGACGUCUGCUGGAAAAUACAAUUUCGACCUUUCCAACCCUCCUGUAAGUCCAGUGACUAACAAGCCUGUCACGACAUGGUACAAGCCUGGCCAAACUUGGGGCUCCGUGUUCGGGGCCGUCUCUUCGUCUUACGAGGAGUGUCGUGCAGAAUGCGUUGCAAUGGUGCUUAGUUGCGACUUUGAGAUUCUGAAGCUCUUUGGGUUUGGUGACGGCCAGGUGGACCUUGCGAACGAUGCUGGCGAUGUCCUCUUUGCGGGAUACUUGUCGAUGGCUCGUGCCGGUUUGGUUGCGCUCGAAUUUUGGGAUCCCAAGACCCAGAAGUGGGGACAGGCUCACAUGCAGGCCCGCUACAGUAUCUUACGAACCUUCCUCGAUGCUGGUGACGAUUUCGUCAAGCUUUCCUACAGCAAACCGGAUCUUUCCGAUCUCGAGAUUCAUCUGGAUCGGUCGAAGAUUCUGUCACAUGGCCGACCUGCUGUGGAGAAAUACCUGCAGAAAUUGCAUGUGUACAAGAGCACUGCAGACUUCGCCUCAGGCAAGAAGCUCUAUGAUGAGAUCACAUCCGUCGAUGCGUGGUGGGGCAACGAAGUCCGCGAGGUGGUGUUGAAGAAUAAGGUUCCUCGCAAGAUCUUCGUCCAGGCGAACACCAUCCUCGACGGAGACGAGGUGACACUCAAAGAGUACGAACCUACCCUCGAGGGUAUCAUCCAGAGUUACGUCGAGCGCGAUACGACCGGCAAAUUCUUCACAACGACAGACGCUGAGCGCUCACCUCCUGAUUCUGCCACAGACCUCAUCACCUUGUCGUGGUUACCGAAUUCCUCUGGCUCGCCUCCCACGGCGCGGCCGCAUCAUCGAACGACGGACUCCGUAACGGAGGAAGACCAGGACGAGGACGACUUCUAUACUGCACCACCACCCCACUCUCCUUGCUCGGAGGCUUCCACUUCCAGCUUCUUUUCGUCCAACCCUCCUCCUUUCUCGUCUCUAGUUUUCAUCGCGGCGUCUGAUUCCAAUCGCGCAAAGGGCCCUGUCACCCCGUCCGGCUCCGCCCUCACCCCAGCUCUCGUUACUCCCCUAGUCGACGAGCAUCUCAGACCGGAACCAUCAACAUCUUUAGUCGCCGAAGUUAAAGCCUCGCUCUCUCGAGACACCAAACCAGAUUCCUCAGCGAAGUCAGCGGAAGACGGCGAGCCUCCUCCACCAUAUACCGAAGGAUCAAGUCCACUCGAAUCUUUCACGUACGUCAUGGCUGCCGCAGGAGGCGCGUCGAGUAUCAUCACCCAGGUACAACAGGCUGGAGGGCCGCCGAUCAAUACAUUAGGAGACAUUGGUGGCGAUGAGCACAUUACUCUAGACCUUAGAGGUACUCGAUUUACACUUUCCCGCGAUGAACUGUUGACGUUGCCGGAAUUUGUUCUUCUGUCACUGUUUCCGAACGGCCUCCUCCCUGAUGGACAUAUGGGCACUUUCCAUGAAGGUGACAUCUACCCUGUUGACUACGAUCCGGCUUCUUUACAGUAUAUGCUGGAUUUCUUCCGCUCGGUUGCCCAGUCGAUUCCGUCUUCUUCGCCUUCCCCUUCGACCUCCCAAGAUGUGGAUAUCGCUCCCGAUUCCAUGCAGGCAUCUGCCAGGGACAUGCUUCAAGAUCGGGCUGGCAUCAUUGUCUUGCGCGAAGAUUUAGACUUCUACGCGAUACCUCCUCGCCCUGACAUAGAUCAUGCAGAGAUGAUGGAAGUCAAGCGUGCGGCUGCGAAAGCUCUGCUGAAGCAGGAUGGAAUAUUCUCUGGUUUGAGGAAAAGCGACGAAGCAGGUUCAACGGAGCAACACCUGAUUGAGAUGCUCACUGCAGGCGGCUUUGAUCGUGAUGAUCGAUGGGGCCACCGUGCUCCGGAGCCUAAUAAGGCAGUCAUUUGUAGCUUGGCAUUAGCCAAGCUUCGAACAGACAUUCGAAGUGAUCUGGAGAAUAACAACGCGGUGGGAAUGGCUCAAAAGCUCCUUCUCUUUUGGCGGAAACCAGCAAGAAGAUGUUGGUGGGAAGGCGUUGAGCUACAUGAUGUUGAAGGGGUAGACGGCAAGGUUAAAAUCUGGAUUCGGCGAGUAUGGACACUGGAAAUGAGCGUAAUUGGGCUCCGGUAGCCAGAUGCAGUAAUUUCUUCUCUUUCUUGUUUAUUAUACUUCCCCAAGCAUCUAUAUCGAUUGUCCUUAGCCGUAAAUUGCAUUUGUCUCCCGACGUUGUUGGUGCGUGUUAGAUCUCCCACAUGUGAAGUUGGCGACUCCCAAUGGAGUCCGAGUCUGCUCAAUUGCAGCAUGGUACGCAAGGGAAAUGGGCCUUCGCUUCUUAGGUAGGUCUUUAGCAUUGCUUGUGAGACUUUGUAAUAAUUCUCAACAAGGUAGGCUGGAAGCGUCGCCUCCUUACAAGGUGAAAGGGCUUCAGGGCCAUUACAGGCUACACGCUCAAAACCACAUCAGAAUUC